AUUUUUGUUCCACCUCUUGCCCCCACUCCUUUCUUUUCUUGAAAACUUCUGUCUGUCUCCAUUUUCACACAUUCAAUCAUACUCUACUCUCUCUGUCUUCGCUGCUGGGGGUUUGUUUAUCUGACCAGAGUUGUGUUGGGGAAGAGCAAAAUCUAUGGCCGUGUUCAUUCUACUCCUUCUCUUAACAGUUUCUGUCGUUACAGCUGAUGAAGAUUCCUUUGUUGGUGUGAAUAUAGGAACAGACCUUUCAGACAUGCCGCACCCAACUCAAGUAGUGGCUCUUCUUAAAGCCCAGCAAAUCCGACAUGUCCGUUUAUAUAAUGCUGACCAGGGCAUGCUUGUUGCACUAUCUAAUACUGGCAUUCGAGUCAUGGUUUCUGUUCCCAACGAACAGCUCCUUGGGAUUGGUCAAUCAAAUUCGACUGCGGCAAAUUGGGUCUCCCGUAACGUUGUAGCUCAUUACCCAGCAAGCAACAUCACUGCAAUAUGUGUCGGAUCUGAAGUCUUAACCGGCCUCCCUAAUGCUGCAACAGUGCUUGUGAAUGCCCUCAAGUUCAUUCACUCAGCACUGUUGGCGUCCAAUCUAGACCGUCAAAUCAAAGUUUCUUCUCCUCUUUCUACCUCUAUUAUUUUUGAUUCUUUCCCUCCUUCCCAAGCCUUCUUUAACCGCUCAUUGAAUCCAGUUUUGGUUCCGAUGCUUAACUUUUUGCAAUCCACAGGUUCCUAUCUCAUGCUCAAUAUAUACCCUUACUAUGACUACAUGCAAUCAAAUGGUGUAAUUCCAUUAGACUAUGCACUCUUCAAGCCUCUUCCCUCAAACAAAGAAGCCGUUGAUGCUAACACCCUUGUUCACUAUUCCAAUGUGUUCGAUGCUAUGGUUGAUGCUGCAUACUUUGCCAUGGCCUUCUUGAACUUCACUAAUAUUCCCAUUGUGGUGACUGAAUCGGGCUGGCCAUCAAAGGGUGACUCUAAUGAGCCAGAUGCAACUUUGGACAAUGCCAAUACUUACAACAGCAAUUUGAUUAGGCAUGUGCUGAACAAAACAGGAACUCCAAAACGCCCUGGCAUUGCUGUUAGUACUUACAUAUAUGAACUCUAUAAUGAGGAUACAAAACCAGGUCCAGUCUCAGAGAAGAACUGGGGUUUAUUUAAUGCAAAUGGGGAGCCUGUAUACGUAUUGCACUUGGCAGGGUCAGGAUCAGUUUUGGCAAAUGAUACCUCUAACCAGACUUAUUGUACUGCUAAGGAAGGCUCCGAUCCAAAGAUGCUGCAGGCUGCUUUAGACUGGGCAUGUGGAGCUGGCAAGGUUGAUUGUUCAGCUAUGUCACAGGGAGCACCAUGCUAUGAACCAGACAAUGUGAUUGCACAUGCAACCUAUGCCUUCGACACUUACUAUCAUCAGAUGGGGAAGGCUCCUGGGACGUGUGACUUUAAUGGAGUUGCAGCAGUCACUACCUCUGAUCCAAGUCAUGGUUCGUGUGUCUUCCCAGGAAGCCUUGGGAGAAGUAUUAACGGCACCCUCUCGAAUAUCACAGCCCCAUCCAUGAACUCCACGGUUUCUGAUUCUGCUGUGCACAAACUUCAUCAUGGAGCUUUUGCUCAUGUAAUGCUCGUCGGAGUUGUACUUUGGAGCAUAGCUUUCUUGUAGUUGUAGAUCCUCAUAUGUUGAGCUCUUUUGGCACUGGUUCAAACAAUUUCCGAAAGAUGUUGGGGAUAAGUAGUUUAUCUUCCAUUGUAGAAGGUAAAUGUAGUCGAUGGGUGCUCAGAGAAGGCGAUCCAUUGAAUUUUGUACAAAAACAAAUCGAUCUUGGACGACGGUUGUUUCAGCUAGAUAAUUAUUUUUCUAGUGAAAUUUAUGAUUCUUUUUCUUUCUA